AUGAAGACUGAACAUUCAAUAAGUCGUGUAGAGGAACCAUAUAGCAAGAGGAGCAUGAGUUCCAGUUCAACAUGUUUAACAUUGGAAAGUGUCAAAGAUGAACACUGGGAUGGAGUUAACCAGGUGAAAAUGGAGAAUCAGUUAGUAGUUGAGGUUAAAUCCGAAAAACCAGAAGCAGAACCAACUGUGAAUAACACAAAGUUUGAAAAUAUGGACAUUUGGACGCUAAAUGAAGGGUUUGACAUCAAAAAUGAAUGGGAAAAUGAUGUAUCUGAUAGAAUUAAAGUUGAAGAGAAAUUAGAGCCUGGACUUGAAGCUGAUUCGGCAGCAGCUACAGUUAAUCAGAUGAAAAUGGAGUUCCAAGAAUCUGAAAAGCUGGAAGAAAAACCAGAAUUAAGGAGCACAAAUCUUGAAAAUAUGUACGCCUUAGGGCUACAUCACGAAUUUGUCAUCAAAACUGAGAGUGACCAAGAUGACAGACAUGAUUCGGCGUCCGAUAGUGCAGUUAGAAAACAGCAUGGAGCUAACAAGAAGAUCACCGGAGGCAUUCCGUCUACCAAUACCAUUAUCAUGGAGGUUGGUUUCAUCCAACAUCUGAAGAUGGGGCAGGUUGUAAUCUCCCAUGAUGUACAUGACAUCAGAGCUAUCACUGAAGUUUUCAAUAUUGUUGCAGUGAUUUUCAUAUUCCACCAAAUUGCUAAGGGGAGGAAAAUAUACUGCACAGAAGUAGCUAUGGCAAAUUCUGACUGGGAAAAUUGUCGUCCCUUAACGCAACGUGAGUUACAAAAUGAGGUCGACAAUGUGUGGCAAAAUGAAGAUGAGGCAGAUAGUGACGAAGACUUGUUUGGUGAAUUAUCUGACAGGGACGAAGAUUAUGUCGAUGAACAACAGUCUGGUACUGACAAUGAACAGAGUGAUGAUGGUGAUGAAGUUGUGUUACAGAAUCCUGACAAUAAAAAUGUAUUUAGCUUUUUAAAAGUUUUUUGUUGCAUUUUUAUUGAUUACCUUCAGUUAAUGUGCAAUUUUAUACUGAUUUGUAAUAUUCUUUGUUCUAAUACAAUUAACGUUGAACCCAAUGAACAAAAUAUUAUUAAAAUAUUUUCUUCUACGAAUUAUCUGAUCGCACAAAUAAAGAAAAAUCGGGAAAAGGAACAACGAAAUCUACCGAUUGAAGAAGGAAAACAGUCGUUCAGCUGCUAUAUUUGUAACUAUACGAGCCAUUGUAAAAACGGUUUGAUCGGUCAUAUCAAAAGGAACAAUUGCUAUUUACGAUCUAAUUUGGGGAAAUCACGAUCUGUAUCCAGAAAACAGUAUCAGUAUUGUUGUAUCAAAUGUAAUAAGGUGUUCAAAAGCAAAACAUCACUAGAUAAUCAUUUGGUUAAAAAUCAUGUAGGAUCUAUGGCGUCAGUUUCAUCUAAAAUACAUGAAUGCACAUCCAGUGAUUUUAAAACCGCUUUCAAGUGUAUAAACUGUGAUGCUUCAUUUAAUACUAAACGACGCUUAGAAAACCACACUUUACAAAAACAUCCUAAAAUGCGUAAAUGUACACAUUGUGAAUAUAAAACUACAUAUCGACAAUGUUUAGCUAGGCAUAUGAUGAAACAUACCGGAGCUAAGCUCAAGUGUACAAAGUGUGAUGAGUCAUUUACAACCACACAAUCAUUAAAUCAUCACAUUUUGCGGAAACAUCCUGAUGUUGCUGCUUCUGUAUCUUGUAAGAUACAUAAAUGUACACAUUGUGAAUAUAAAACUACAUAUCGACACUGCUUAACUACGCAUAUGAUGAAACAUACCGGAGCUAAGCUCAAGUGUACAAAGUGUGAUAAGUCAUUUACAACCAUACUAUCAUUAGACGGUCACAUUUUGCGGAACCAUUCUGAGUUUACUGCUUCUGUAUCUCGUAAGAUACAUAAAUGUACACAUUGUGAAUAUAAAACUACAUAUAAGGGGAAUUUAGUUAGCCAUAUGGUGAAACAUACUGGAGCUAUGCUCAAGUGUACAAAGUGUGAUAAGUCAUUUACAACCACACAAUCCUCAGAUCAUCACAUUUUGCAGAAACAUCCUGAUUUGCUGCUUCUGUAUCUUGUAAGAUACAUGAAUGUACGCAUUGUGAAUAUAAAACUACAUUUCGACACUACUUAG